AUGUCUCUGAUGAAGAAUGAGAGAGCCAUCAUCAUGUCCAUGUGGGACAAGAUGGCUGCUCACACGGAGGCCAUUGGCACUGAGACUCUGGAGAGGCUCUUCUGCAGCUACCCCCAGACGAAGACUUACUUCCCUCACUUCGACCUGCACCAUGGGUCGCAGCAGCUGCAGGCCCACGGCUCCAAGGUCCUGACCGCUGUGGGCCAGGCGGUUAAGAACAUCGACAACCUCUCUAGCGCUCUGACCAAGCUGAGCGAGCUGCACGCCUACAUCCUGCGUGUGGACCCUGUCAACUUCAAGCUCCUGUCGCACUGCCUGCUGGUCACCCUGGCCGCGCGCUUCCCUGCCGAGUUCACGGCUGAGGUGCACGAAGCCUGGGAUAAGUUCUUGUCUAUCCUGUCUUCCAUCCUGACCGAGAAGUACCGCUAA